AUGGCAAGUCUGGCGCUGGGCGUGGGACAGACGAUCGAGCUCAACGAUGGACGGCACGCGAUUGUGCGAUUUCUGGGAGCGACGGGGUUUGCGCCAGGAGAAUGGGUCGGUGUAGAGCUGGACGAGGCCACGGGAAAGAAUGACGGCUCGGUCAAGGGCGAGCGCUACUUUGACUGCGAGGCCAACUAUGGCAUGUUCCUGCGCGCUGCAGGAGUCAGUCGCAUCGUGAGUCGCCCAUCGACGCGACCUACGAGCAUCAACCUCCCGCCAGCUCUCGACACGGCCAAAGCUGCCUCUGCCCUGCCCUCNCCCUACCAAGUCGCCCACCAAGAUCAGUCGCACCGCUACACCCUCGGCCGCUCAGCCUACUCGGAACGCCACCCUCCUACUGCCACCACGGCCGCACGUCGACCUCUGUCCACUGCCGCUACCAAGCCGCGCACCGCCUCGAACCUGAGUGGUCCCUCUACCCUGUCCGCUGCCGCCAGGAGAUCAUCCACCGUACCCUCGUCCAACUCGACUACUACAGCUCAAACUCCACGCAAUCCUGCCUCGACCGCUGCACCAGCUUCAUCUCGUUUGACCACCCGAACAAUCUCCACCACCAGAGGCCUCACUCCUGCCGCCAGACAGCCUUCUACAGCCACAAAACAGACGCCUGCCGCUCGCCGUGUAUCCUCUGCUCCGAGACAGCCCCAGCCUCAAGAUUCUCCUUCACCCAAACCAUCUCCCAGCGCUCCUGCAGACGACUCCCAUACUCAACAUGCCGAAGAGACUGAAGAUGCUCCUCAAUCCUUUGCUCCCUCUUCCAAACCUGCUACCUCUCCCGCUGCUUCUCAUGCCUCGAUACUUCCAACCAAGACUACCGCCCGCGAGGUCGAGGAUUUACAGACAAAGAUGAAGAUUAUGGANACGCAAGCGUCAGGAGGAUCGCGAUGCUCUCAAAAAAUGCAGAAUGUCGAACAGGAGCGCGACAAGUACGCAAACAUUGUCCAGAAGAUGCAGUCCAAGAUGCAAGCUCAGUCGCAUGAAUUGAAUGAUCUGCGAGGUCAACUCAAGGACUCGGAAACCCGCUUGAUCGACAUCGAAGCCAUCCAAGCUGAGCACGAUGCCGUUGUCGAAAUGGCCACUCUCGAUCGUGAAAUGGCCGAGGAGACGGCUGAAUCUCUCAAGACCGAGCUUGAUUCCUUGCGGACUAGNCAACGAGGAAAUGCGCCUGGAGCUCGACAUACUCAAGGAGGAAAACGAAGAACUGGGCAGGAGAUGAACCCUGAGGAGCGCACAAGUCAAGGCUGGCUCCAGCUAGAACGCUCAAACGAAAGACUCAGGGAAGCUCUGUUAAGGCUGCGUGACAUGACACAAGAGCAGGAGGCUGUUUUGAAGAGUCAAAUCACUAGUCUAGAAGACGAGGUCAAGGACUUUGGUCUUCUAAAGCACGACUAUGAGGAGACUAGGGAAAAGCUACUAGCGACCGAGGCUGACCUAGAAGACAUUCGCCAACAGCUUGACGCUGCAAUGGGAGCCGAAGACAUGAUUGAAGAGCUGACUGAACGUAACAUGGCCAUGCAGGAGAAGAUCGACGACUUGGAAUUGGUCAUUGAAGAUCUCGAAAAUCUCAAAGAACUCAACGACGAGCUCGAAAUCAACCAUGUAGAAGCUGAAAAGCAGAUGCAGGAGGAGAUCGACUUCAAAGACAACAUCAUCGGCGAACAAUCACGUCGCUCUGCACAGCAACAACAGGCUAUUGAGGACUGCGAGUACACAAUCUCCCGCUUCCGCGAGCUUGUCACCAGCCUGCAAGCCGACCUGGAAGACAUGCGUGCCUCCCGCCAGAUCACCGAGACUGAAGCAGAAGAAUUGUCGAACCGAAGCCGUGCUAUGAUGGACCUCAACAUGAAGCUACAAAUGUCUGCCGCCAAGACUCAAAUCAAGACUAUUGAUCUCGAGCUGAGGCGUCUCGAGGCGGAAGAAGCAGCUGAGCACCUGGCCAUCGUACAGCUGUUCUUGCCCGACGCAUUCAACGCUGAGCGUGACUCGGUUCUGGCUUUACUACGAUUCAAGCGUGUAGGCUUCAAGUCUCGUCUGCUCAACAAUCUUGUCAAGGAACGUCUGAACGGGCAAGGUACCAAGAUUGCGGAUGAGGACAUAUUCGCCGCCUACAGUGUGCUUGACAGACUCACCUGGAUUGCCCAGAUGAGUGAUCGCUUCAUCGACGGCAUCCGCAGCUGCUCUGCCGAAGAGUUUGCAAGAUACGAGAGCGCUUUGUACGAGCUUGAGCCUGUUGAGAGAGCGUUGAACGCCUACAUUGAUGCUAUCAAGCGUGAUGAUCUGAAAGAAGGCAGAGUGGACGAGGAGCUGCAAAGAUCAAUGGCAGUCAUGUCUCAUCUGGCCUCUCUGCAUAUCAAGGAGUCGCUUGCUGCAUCUGCCAGUGAUAUGCUCAUGCAGGCCUCGCUGGUCCAGACCCAUUUGGACAGCACCUCGUCGGCCCUCGGUCUGUGCAGGUCCCUGGUGCAGAGCCAUGUACCGGUCGCCCAAUCUGAAGAGUCUGAAGAGUCCAACCUGUUCACACAACUGGACAACAUCAUCUCCAGUCUUAGAAGUGCUCGUGUUAUUGUGAACAAGACGCACCGCAAUGUCACAGACCUGCAAUCACGCUCACUGGCAUUGGGUCCUGCGCACCUCGGACUUCUUACUUCUACAGAGAGUCUGACCUCAAAGCUCGCCGUCUUCGGACGUCGUGCAGGCGAGAAGAUCCAGAGUCUCUUUGGCGAGGAAGGCCGUGAAGAGUCCGUCACCUUGAGCGAGACUGAGCUCCUCCUGACCCGUCUGUCCGCAAGCAUCUUCGGCAGCGGCUCAGCAGAGACGACACCUUUCGCCACGUUGACAACCUACCUCGCCUCGCUGACCACCCAACUCAAUGAGCUCAGCGAGAUCUCCGCCAACCUCGAAAACACUCAAGAAUUCGAGCGUCCUGCCGAGCCAUGGGUCACUCGCAGCGUCACCCUCCGCGCAACCAAGCUCACCUCCGUCGACACUGAAGCAGAGGUCGGCCGUCUCACCGAGAUUGUGCGCGAACGCUCUCUGCUCGUCCGCUCGAAAGAGCAGGAGCUCGAGGAGCAGAGUGUCCGUAUCGAAAUGCUCGAAGCACGCAUGGCCGAAGCCACGAAACGAUCCUCAGCCCUCGUAGACUUGGAAACCUCUAUCGCGGUCUUGCAAAGCGAAAAGACUACCCAUCAGACCGCUUUGACCGAAGCUGAGCAACGAGUCACAAGGUUACGCAAGGAAAGAGACGAGUGGAGGAAAUUAGCAGAAGAGAACAGACCUGAUGCCACUGCUACAAAGAACAUGGCUACGGAGAUGGGAGGCGCAAGCAAGAUGGAGCUCGAUAGAGCCAAGCUCCGCAUCGACAGCCUGGAGUCUGCUAUCCGCUAUCUCCAACAGCAAUCUGCGCCCAAACCUGCCACACAUGGCUAUUCUGAUCUGGACUGGCUAGAAGCACCAUUGAUUUCACAGCUACCGAAGGCAGUGCAACGACAGAAGGCUCUGCAAGCAGAAGGAAAAACUGCUUUCACCGAAUUGCUCAAACUCGUGACCGAUUCUAAGCCAGUCUCUCUCAGUGACAUGCCAAAGAACAGGCUGGCAUGGCGCCCUGCGGCACACACUGCCAAGUGGCAUGCUCAGAAGAAGAAGGAAGAUUGGGCUACAUGGCAAGAUUGGGAGCGCGAUCUUCUUGACCGAGUAGAGGGCAAGAAGCUGAAGAAGAUCAGUAGGCCUUCGAAGAACGAGGCUCUCGACAAUCUCCACCACAGCGUUGUCGUUGUAGGAGAAGACGUGUAA